AUGGUCCAUGCUGGAUCAUCAGUCUGUUUAGGACAAAACGAAGAAUGUCCACCCUCCACGUGUCAUCAUCUCAUAGGUCCAAAUGGCACUUUUACUGAGGACACGUGGCGCUUUUUGAUUGGGCCACCUGGCCGGGUAAAAAUACCCAAAUCAACUGCUAUUGCGAGUGCUAAAGCUGGGGAAAAAAGGAAGGAUUUUGGGAAAUCCGAAAACCAGGGUAAUUUCAAGAGGUCUAGGAAUGGGAACUCGUUUGAUAGGAGUAACCAGAAUGUUAGAAGUUCUUCCAAAGCUAACAAUGGGGAGAGAACCUACCACUGUAAGAAGUGUAGAAGGAACCACCCUGGGAGAGACUGUGAUGGGAAUUCGGUGACCUGCAGGUUCUGCAACAAGAAGGGACACAGGGUGUAUGCGUGUUACACCAAACAGAGACAACAGGGAAAUAGUGGGAAUGGUGGGAACACCCAGCAGAGGCCUAACAAUUUCAAUAACCAGGGGAAUAGGGAAAAUGGUCAAAAUGGGAAGUUUGGAAAUGGUAGCAACAAUAACAACAGGUCUGGAAAUGGAAAUGGCAACAACAACAACUCAGGAAACAACAACAAUGGGUAUCAGGCAAGAAACAACACUCCCGGCCGCUUGUCUGUGAUGAGCAAGGGAGAAGCUGAGAGGUCCUCGGAUGUAGUUACCGGUACUUUUUCUAUCCAAUCUAUCUCUGUCAACACUCUAUUUGACUCUGGAGCAUCUUAUUCUUUCAUUUCUACUUCUGUUGUGCGCAAGUUAAACUUAACUGAAUCGAGUCAUGUUGACGUGUCAGUCAGUCUGCCUAUGGGCAAACUUGUUCAUUGUAAUAAAAUAUUCAAAGGCUUGCCUUUGAAAAUAGGAGAAGCUAUCUUUCCAUUAGAUCUUAUUGAGUUUAACCUAGGGGACUUAGAUGUCAUUCUGGGGAUGGAUUGGCUGAGUUUAUACAAGGCUAAGAUAGACUGUGAGAUGCAGAGGGUACAACUGAGUGACCCUUAG